GAGUGGGUUUGGAGUCCAAACUGCAGGAGUGGUUCCACCUUCCACAAGACAUGGCGAGUCCCCGCUACGACCCAGACAGCGGGCACGACAGCGGGGCAGAAGACGCCCUGGACUCCGCUCCACCCUUCUGCUUCCUCACUAUGGGGAUGGGUAAGAUCUACCUGCCCCAGCACAACUACCACCACCACGGCGGCCACGGCAACGGCAUCCGAGACCCCAUCACCAACGGCAACGGCCCCUCCUCGCCCUCGGGCCUCACCUACCCGCUGCCGCCCCGGCUCGGCGUGUGCCUUGACUUUGAGAAGGGGCGCGUCACCUUCUACGACGCCCACUCCCUGCGGCCCCUGUGGGAGGGCCACGUGGAUUGCUCGGGCCCCGUGUGCCCGGCCUUCUGCUUCAUCGGCGGAGGGGCCCUGCAGCUCCAGGAGCUGGUAGCCAAUCGCAACGCCGAUCAGACUCCGGUCAGACGGGUGACCAUCCAACCCCGAGUCUCCAACAUAAACAACAACAACUGAUGCCUGAUCUGAGGUUGUAAUUGGGAAUGUAUUUGAUAAUUGUGAAGUAUUUACUCAGCUAGAGCGAAGAAAAAAAAAGAAAAAAAGAAGUUAGACAUCUCAGCGAUUUUUUUGUUUUGUAUUUCAUUUUCUUGUAUAAGAAAACGUUUCUAUAGCAACAAAUAUGCAAUGUAAUUAUGUUUCUUACAUUUUUGUUAUAUGCAGUUUUGCAAGAAUUAUUGCUUAAGUAGUGUCUGGUGUAUCCGGCACUUGAUAUGUAAUGAGAUCGUUGAUGCUUGCACUUGUAGCCAGGCUAUAUUGCAUACAUUUAUAAAGCUAAUGUAGAUACGGCACCACACGAUUCUGUCACUCCCGUAGAAGCUUUUACGUCCUUAAUGUUUCCCUUUUGUCUUAGAGAUAUGAACAUUAUGUGAAUAUAUAUAUAUAAAAAAAGAAAAAAACACAAAAGCCUAGACUAUUUUAUUGCAUCUAUAACUAAAUCUGUGUUGAACCACAGCUAAUGCUAGUCACUCAGCCGUUACGAUCCCGACCAAAGUUGUUGUUUUUCUGGGAUGUAAAUGCGCUAAAUUAGAGGUAGAGAGGAACAAUGAGGCAAUACUGUAAUUAGAAGCUCCAAUUAUACCUCUGAUGCACAGCUAAUCACUAGUUUCCACAGUUCUGUUUGUGCAUUGCUGUUUUUGUAUUUCAAAUAUGUGAGUCUGAUGAUGUCUGUGUGUGUGUGUGUGUGUGUGUUUUAUCCCCUGUGUGCACGGGAGCGUGUGGUCUGACUGAUAACAGCGCCGACCGGCUGACGGUAUAAAGUUGUUUCCUCGCAAACAAUACUUUCUUUUCUUUUUUUUGGUUGUUGUUUUUAACCUCGCUUGAUUGUAAGUUAAUGAGCCGCGCCUCUUCUGAAAAGAAAAGCAGAUUAACUCCAUGUAGAACUUCACCUGCUGGCAGAAUGUUUGCUAAAGAAAAAUGGAUUAAGGAAAUAAACACGGAAUAAAUUCAAAUUGUUUAAAUUACAAAACAAA